UGGCUUGCGCUUGUGUAUUAUUUGUGUGGGUUUUUUAGGUGCCAGCUAGGCGUCCAUGUAUUUCCUGUUCUUAUGUGUACAUAGGCCGUACGUACAUAGACUUCUACAUCCGCAUCCUGAACUAGAUCGAGAGAAAUAGAAGGCAUUGAAACUCAUUAUUAGUGUCUAACUAAGCUUCUUGAACGGAAUAGACUACUGCCUGGAUCGAACAUGAAGCAUGAUAAACACAAGGCAAAGAAUAGUGCAAAUUAUAAAAAGAAACAUGGGAUUUCGCCUGGAAAGAGCGAAGACAAAACGCAACGCAAGGUUAAAGAACAUCAACAUGGUGGAAGUGCUGUAGAUCUACAUACGCAGGCGCAGGCGCUAGCAGAAAUAAGAGAGUCUCUGAUCAUCGAAAAGCAGCACGAAAUUCGCAAAGAGUAUGCAAGGAGAAAGGUUGAGAGCAACUGGACAAAAUAUGACGAUUUUGUUGUAGAUGAUGAGAGAGAGGCGGAGGUUAGUUCAGAGCCGAGGGGGGAAGACUUUCAAAAACUUGCGGCCAAGUCAGAUGAUGCUUCCUCUCAACUCCGAAUGAAGGAUGAAGUAUGGUGGGAUGGAGAUGAUCAACAAGAUGAAACAGAGACGGAAAUUGGAGAGCUGUUCAAGGUAGACUAUGUGGAUUUAGCACGGCGUCUAAAAUGUAUUCCUCUCCAUGAGCGUCUGGGAAUAUCUACCAAGUAUUUUGAUGAGGAUUUACUCAAUAGAAUAAAUGAGGAUGCAGCAGAGCAUACAAAGAGGUAUCAAGAAACUUUGGACGCUGAGAAUGCUCAAGAUCUGGACAAUCCUGCCUCAUCAGACACUACCGAUAAUCAAACAAGAGGACUUUCAGAGCCAACAAUAAGUGCAUCUUCUAAUAAUAGUUGUAAAAUAGACAGACUGCAAGAGGUGAUAGUUAAAGAUAAUAAUGAACAAAUAUGUCACGAUGCAUCACGAACUGGUAGUGAUAGAGAACAUUGUGCAAGAGACAUGGAACAGACAGAGUCACAAGUCAGUAAUGAUAGGGCGACCACAGUAAGUGAUAGCUCCUGUAGCCAUCCUGAUUCACAAAGCAGUACUUCAGGAUCACUUGCAACCCCCAGCAAUAAGUCUACACUCUCUGCUGAUGUUAAAGAGCCAGCUUCAGAGCUACAGACCAAACCUGAUGAAGAAGAAAACCUUGAGGAAUGGCUGGAGGACAUCUUAGAUGAUUGAAACAAUUCAGUUUUAACACUAUACUAAUGGUAAAGAUUUUUUUUUGGAGGGAGAGAGAGAGAGGGGGGGGGUGGUAAGUGGGAUUGAAUAGUACUUCUUGACUCAUCAAUGUAAAAAGUGCUCUUCUUUUUACAAGAGUAUGUUUGCUUCAUUGUACUGUAUGUCAGUGCAUUCUCACCUACCUAGGGACGUUCAGGGUUUGAAGUGGUGGUGUAUGUUUGCACUUGUUUCUUUCAUUCAAAUUAUUAAGAUUAUUUAAGGUAAAGAGAAUAGUUUCAUGUAGUUUAUGUUGGUUUGGUUAGCUAUCCUUUCUUUUUUCUUUUUUGUGUAAAAUUCUGUUCUAUUUUUCUUCUAAAUUGAGGUGGUUUUUAAAAUAAAUUGACAAAUUUAGAGAAACAUUCAAGAAAUUACAUACAUGUAGUAUACAUUUUUUUUCCUAGUUUGAAAUGCAUUGAAAAUACUAAAGGCUUUUGAGUUUGGAAACUUCUUGAGAUGUUUUGUUUUUAUUUUGAUGUCAUAUAAUUCAUUUUCCUUAUUUGCUUGGUGUUUGAGGGCAAGUACGGUCUCAACACUUGCAUAAUGAUAUCCUCAUUUAUUAUGACAAAACUGAAACAAACCUGACACAUGAAUGUACUGCAAUUAUGUAGUAAGGCUAGACACUAACUUUUAUGAUAAGUGGUUUUACACAUAUUGAGGGUGAUAUCUUAUAAUCUUUGUGACUUUUAGUGGGUUAUUUACUCCGGAAUCUGUUAUUUUGAGCCUUAUUUUGAGCCUUGUGUCGAGCAUAACACAAAGCAGAAUAUACAUAUACAUGUAUAUUGACUUAUAUUCUGCUUUCUAAUUGUUUUGAAUUUUAUUUGAACAUCUUAUUUCAUCGUCUGAUUGACCUGUCAGACACUAAUCAGAAGACAUGAAACUCUGUCUGUUCUCUUGUGUAUUGCCAAUUAAAAAGGUUUGAUAAUUGGAAAGUCAGGCUGGUCAAGUAACUAGAUUGGCAAUUGAUUAUUGACUUGGAAAAAAGAGAUAUUUUAACUUUAUUGAUUUGAUGAGUCUGAAUCAUUACUGCAUACAGUGUACAACAGUGUGUACAUACUAAGAACUCUAAACUUUGGUCUGUUAAAGAUACAAUUGAGUUUUGGUCAUGUGGUGGUUACAUUGCAAAACAGAUGUACCAUAAUCAAUUGGGAAAGGUUGAUUAUUAAGUGCAUACAUAUACACAUUGUUGUAUGCAGUAAUGAUUUGGACUCGUCAAAUCAAUAAAGUUACUCAUGCUUGCUGAAAACCACAUGCACGGCAUACAGACAUGUGAAUAUGGGACCACACACUAAAACACACCACACACAAGAACAAAACAGGGCGUGAAUGUUUCGUCCAAACUUUUCAGCCAUUUCUUGAAAAAUUACCUUUUCAUUGGAUAUUUCUACCAUGAUCUUCUUCUAAUAUGAAUUUUAAAAAUGAGAAUAGGUACUCACAGAUUAUUUGUUCUCCUUUCCCAGAGCUUAAAUGUAAACUGUGUACAUCUUGUCAUUGGCCCCGUGUCUUGUUAUUUAAUCUAAUGAAACAAAGAGAAUAGGAACGAAAUUUGCUAGAUAAUCUUCAGAGGAGCUCCUGCUUUGGGAUCUAUUUCUUUUAAGGAUGAAACUAGUCACAGAUGACACCACCUUAAAUAGUUUGUAGGCUGGUCCUUCACUAGGAAUACAUACAUAUGCUUAUGUUUAUUUUCUCAGAAUUCUGAUAUGAGGAUGUUUCAAGGUCAUGCUUUUGGAUUAUUUUUAAUUUCAAAGGGAAAAUACUUAUCAUACAAAAGUUGUGUUAUGCUGACAACUGAGACUUGUAUGAAGGACUACCGUUAACUAUGAAGGAAAUACAAUGUAUCAACUUUGAAUUUGUUAUCAUGUGAAGCGCAUUGCCUUCAAAUAUCCAUCUCUUAAAACAUGUUUCACUGCCUAGCGUUAUUGAUGCAACCAUUCAGGAUGGUGUAUUAAAGAGGCAUAAGAGUAGGAUGUUCUUUUAUUCAGUAGGUAAUAUCAAGACAAUUUUCAUCCUUUUAUAAAUUGUUUAAAGACUUAAUAAUAAAUUGUUUAAAGACUUAAUAAUAUCUGGUUAAACUCAAUUAUUAUACCACUACUUUCUGCUCUUUAUUUAAACAUACACUAAUGCAUGACCAUCUUCUUAGCUUAUAUUUGUGUUACAGUUCUUCUAUUCAUAACCACAUGGGCUUAAUAACCUUAUUAAAAUUUGAAUGUUAUGAACAACA